UGCAUGUAAUAUGAAUGAAAACAUGAGUGGAUACAUGUUACCUUGAGCUGCUAGGAGCGGGCAUGAGAGGAGAUCAGACUGAAAGUUGCGCAGGACGAUAGCCGCUCUCAGCUACGAAGCAGAGCGGGACCGGAGCUGAGUCAGAGUUGUGACGGCGUCUACGUCGCUUGUGAAAAGCGGGGAUUUGCAAGUUCAUAGCGCCAGGAAUCGGAGCUGAUGAAAACAGAGGUUGGGAAACGGAAUGAGACGCUACGGCGGAAGAAGGCUCGCUAAGAGAGCGAAUCCAGGUCUUAUAGAAAUUUCUACCGUGGAAAGGGGUGUUGUGACAUUGUAUGGGGUGAGAAGUGGUCUGUUCAUCGCCAUGAAUGACAAGGGGAAACUCUAUGGUUCGGGGAGCUACAAAGAUGAAUGCAAAUUCAAGGAGAACCUCCUGGCCAACAACUACAAUGUCUACGAAUCAGCUGCCCAUCCUGGAAUGUACAUUGCUCUCAGCAAGAUUGGGAAAACCAAAAGAGGCAACCGUGUCACACCAACAAUGACUAUGACACACUUUCUUCCCAGGACAUAAUCUAUUUUAAACAAGCCUCACAGAACUUCCAAGAGAACUGUGUGGUUAGAGCAGGAGAUUCUCUUCAAACUAUAAUAUAUAAGGACAUAAAGAUAUUGCACACUGUGAACAAUUAAAGAUAUUCAUUAACAAAUUCCAAAUUCAUGUUGCCAAACUAAUAAGGAUUUACAUUACAUCAGAAAUACUCCAGGUACCAAGAAAUCUUACGCUCUGAUUUGCCUUUGACCCUCCAGGAUCACCUACUGGACUAAUAAAAUGUCUGGGCUAUGCCUUUGGAAAAUAUCCUUUCAUUAUGAACCUAGUCAGGGAACUGGUGUAAUUUCAGAUCACCUGUCAUUGUGAUUCAAUGCGCUCCACACAUCAGCAGAACAUGCUUCUGGGACAGACUAACAAAGAAGCAGAAGAGGGCUACGGAAGAAAGUGUCAAAUCUUUGUCCCAGUUGAGUGGGAUUCAAAGAAUGCUCUGAGGAAACUCAGAAUUCCUG